AUGCCAUUAAUAACGCCAGCCCAGGUCUAUGAAUGGGCCCUAAAGGAAAAGGUGAACCCAGACCAUGUAUUUGCCAUUGAUCGUGUACCACCUGAAGUUACACUGGAAAUGUUAGAGAGUAACCUGUCUAAAUACAGACAUUUGGAGGGUGCACAUCUGAUAGCAGAUGAAGGAUCAACCAUGGACGGUUAUGCAGUCCUGCUUUUCAAAGCUGUUGUUGCCCCCUGGAAAGUUGAAGCACCCAGUCCAGAUGCAGGCUACACCAGUAGAAAAAGGAGGCUGCUGCCGUCACUACCCUGCAAUGUGCAGCACACAGUAAAGCAAGAACCGCUUGUAACUGAGACCAGUGAAGCUAAGGAUGUCAGCAUUUCAGAGCAUCCCUUGACUGACGCAAUAACCCAAAUGACAGAGGCAUUGGCUCAGGGCUUGCAGCUGAGCCACUAUAAAAAGCUAAAGACAUUUUCAGGCACAGAGCCGGUUCCUACAGGGGAAGAGGGAUUUGAGACAUGGAAGGAAUCUGCACUACAAGCGUUAGAUGAGUGGGCCUGCUCAGAACAAACCAAGAGGCAGCGAAUUAUGGAGCAUGUCCGUCCCCCUGCAGCUAGUAUUGUGUUAAAUUUUAAAGCCAGUCACAAAGAUUACAAUGCUAUGGACAUAAUUGAUAUCCUCACUUCAGCAUAUGGGAAGCAUGAGGACCCUGACCAGUUAUUGGCUGACUUUAAACAGAUGAGACAGAAGUCUUCUGAGGAUGUAUCUGCAUUCACCCUCCGUCUAGAGAAUAUGCUGCGGAAUCUCUUGUCAAAAAAAGUGAUUACAGCAGAGGAAGUAGAUACACUACGUCUAAAACAAUUACUAAAGGGGAUGUCCCCAUUCUUCCCCAUGUAUUCCACGUUGCAGAUACUCCUGAGGGAUAAAAGAGAUACCGGCUUUAUUGACCUGAUGAAAGUGAUUAAGCAAGAGGAGGCAACCCUACGCUUUGCUGGUACCUCCCGGGUACCAAAGCAGAACCCUGCUUUACCCACCUCGAAGGAUAUUAAGAUGGGCAGCCAGUACAAGCUUUGUUUGAUACCGGAUCACAGGUCACAAUAA